UAUUUACCAAAUGCAGUCCUCUUGGUACCUUGACAAAAAGGGAAGAUGUUUAGUGUGUAUAGACUUCACAAAGUACGCAAUUUGGUUUCCGAAUUUAGGAAGAAUACAAUUACCAUGGCAGCUUUCUCAGUAGCUCCUAAUACAACAGGUGGCGGCGGUGCAACAAAAUCACCAUCAACAUUGAUGAAGAAACCGGCAGUUCUAUACCAUUACCCAUGCCCUGAUGGAGUUUUUGCCGCUUUGGCUGCUCACCUUUAUUUUUCUUCCCUACACAUUACUCCUCUUUACUUCCCUAACACUGUUUACUCUCCUCUCAGGGUGGAGGACCUUCCUCUAAAUGAAAUUGAUCAUGUUUACCUCUUGGAUUUUGUGGGUCCAUCUGGUUUUGUACACCAACUCAAGUCUAAAGUUGACUUUGUUGUUGUAUUGGACCAUCACAAGACUGCACGAGAGCUGUUGGGUGGAGGGACAUCUGUGAGUGAAAAUGUGAGUAAAGUGAUUGACAUGGAUAGAAGUGGGGCUACUAUUGCUUAUGAUUAUUUCAAGGAGAAGCUCAUAACCGGGGACAAUAACAAAGCUGCUGACGGUAGUGCACUAAAGAUUGGUGAAUUUGAUAGAGUCAAGAGAUUAUUCGAAUAUAUAGAGGACAGAGAUUUGUGGAGAUGGAAACUCCCAGACAGUAAGGCAUUCAGCAGCGGGUUGGAUGAUCGCAAUAUUGAAUAUGAUGUCAAUUUGAACUCCUCCUUGUUUCAACAGUUGCUUGCUUUGGAUCUAAAAUCUGUUGUAGAGCAAGGAAAGAUAAGCUUGUCCCACAAGCAGAAACGAUUAGAUGAGGUCCUUGAGCAAUCAUUUGAGAUAGCACUUGGAGCUGGAGCGUUUGGUUGUUGCCUGGCAGUUAAUGCAGAUUCUUUGCCUGAGUUAAGAAGUGAGCUUGGAAACCAGUUGGCAGUCAAAAGCCAUAAUAUGAAGUUGAGUUGAGGAAUUGCCAAAGAAAGUUGAGAGCAGCAAUUUGAGUAUUUUGACCCCAAAGGACACGGUUCGGUGGAUUCUUUUUUCGACUUACAUGAAGUUGGAUACUCGUCUAAGAAAGCUCAGAGAGCAGCUGUUUGGAGUGUUUCGACAUGUGAAAGACAAUAAGUUAGAAAAUAUCAGAGAGUUUAGUGCAAAUAUAAAACUGGAGAGUCAAACGAAUGUAGGCUAGUUGUCGCUGUUGACUAAGCAUGCUUGCAAAUGGUCUUUUGCAGAGGUUUUAGAAUGCUGUAAUUAUAGGAGAUGGUCAAAGGUCCUGAGUUCGACCCUGGGUCUCCACAUAUCUUGUUGCACCCAAGGGUGUGGCCUAGUGGAAUGAAGUGGGUGCAAACUUUGGAGACCAAGGUUCAAACCCAAGCAUAGACAAAAAAAAACACUAGGUGGUUUCUUCUCAUCAAUCUAAGUGUUGUAGGGCAGAGUUACCCGGUACGGCGCACCUAUGCUGGUUACUAUGUGGAAUAGUCGAGGUGUGCUAAGUUUGCCCGGAUACCACUCUUUAUAAAAGAAAAAGGAGAUGGUCAGAAACAAUAUGGACUUCUGUACGAAUCUUGUCUUAGUGUGGGGGAAAGUAGCAGAAAGGGAAAUUACAUGAAUUGUGUGAAGCUAGAAUUCUCCGUGUUUAACAUUAGUACUGUUAACAUUUUCUUCAUUAGACCUAAGACUUCCAAUGCAACAGUAAGCAUGUUUGUAGUGUAAUACAACAACCAAGAUUUGAUUAUUGACUAUAUGGUAUAGGUCAGUGACAAAGUCUGACAUCAAAGUCACUCAGUCCUAUGGCCCCAAAAUCAUGAUAAAAGAAGAAAUUUGGUGAAUGGAAAAAAAGAUAACUUGAACUAAUUAUAAAGAAAAGCACUCAUGGUUUCUCCUUGAAAUAUAUCUUUGAUUAAAAGGAGAAUAUCACUUGUGCAUAAGUUCUGACAACCAUGUCAUUUCACGAAGCUUCAAGAUAAAGCUAGCCAAUAUCGUUAAUAUCUUAUUUUAUUACUUGUUGAAUGAUGCUU